UAAAAAACAUUGGCUUUGUUUUGAUGCAGCUUUUCAUUGAUUCUGUUGCGUUUCUUUGUUCUACUGUGAAUGCCUGGAAGAAAGUAAAUGUCAGUGUAGUACAUGAAACAUUGAAUGUACCCUGGUAAUAAAUUUACUUUGAACUUUGACUUAAUAUUUCCCCUACAAGUACUGGCCUGUAGCUUCCCUCCUGCUGCAAGUUUAUCACGAGUCCAGUUCUUUGGCACCCUUGUCCAGCUGGAAGGAUUCUCAGUGUUACCAAGUUUUAGUUAUGAUCUUCUCUAGUUCUUCAGGAGUUAGUUUGAUUAUAAUCCAUUGAGGUAUGUUAAACAGUAGAAAUUGCAACAACAAAUGUGAGAAAGUCAUGUUGCAGCCCAAGCGCACCCGUGUUGGAAUUUGUAGCGCAAGAUGCAAGCCCGGAAAUAGAAAAAAAGGUUACUGCUCUGAACGUUAAAUUUGUUGUUUGUUUCUCUGCCGCCACAAACGCUUCGGGAAUUCCGUUCACUAUGUUUGCAACAAAUAUUCUCUCAGCCGGCGCGAAACCAUGUGAUUUAGCGGAAAUGACACUUCGAAAGUGAAAACUAAAAGUAGGUUUGGUCACCGGGAAAACGAGCAGCAGAAGUCAGUGUCCUGAACACGGCGGAGGGAGAAGCAUCCCUGCGUGGAUCCGGACACAUGAUAAACUCGCAGCAGGCUCUCCGGAACAGGAAUGGCUCAGAGAGGUGGGAAGAUGGAAGCACCAAAUUUGUUAACAUCAGAGAAUGUUGAUUUGGAGGUAUCGUCCUCUAUUCAGCCGGAUGCCAGUCAGAGUGAAAAGUCUUCACAGGAGACCGCUUGUAAAAUGCAGUAUGACCAAAAUCCAGUUUUGCCAGUCAGUGGAGCAAAUGAAAAUGAAACUUUUACGGUGGUGCAGAAGAGAAAAAGAAAGACACAGAGUGCAGCUGAUACAGAUAAAGAAACUACUUCCGCUUCUGAGCAAGGCCAGUUGUAUUCAGAAAGUGAUCAUACAGACACUAAACAGCAACUCAAAGUUGGAAAUGAAAGUAAUGGUUUUUCUGCUGUUGCUGAUGAUGGGACCAAUGACCUAAAAUCUAGCAGUGAAAAUGCUGAUAUACAGGGUGCUAUGGGUGAUGGACCCUAUCCCAAAUCAAGACAAAAGGAUCAAGUGCCAGAUAAUUACACUCCAGUCAAAGAUGGUGCAAAACAAAGCUUAGCACCAACCGAAACUGACAUUAUACCUACCGAGAACAAAGAACAUGGUGCCAGAGCUUCUGUAGAGAAUCCAGUGCCUGACCCUAAUAAGAAUAAACCAACCAAAUCAAUGGGAGUUGGAAUUUUAGCCACAGAAAAACAAAAGAGUGGCAAUGAUGAGAUUGAAUCUGUAAAGAAAGGCAAUCUAAGCAAAUCAGAAGUUAAUGCUAAAGCAGAACACAGCAACACAGGAACCAGUGACAAAAAGUCUCCCAUUCAACGGGACCAGAAGAAGGAAGAAACCAUUCCACUGAAGGGUGGAUUUUCAGGAACAGACAAUAAAAAAAAUCCCAUUCAGAAGGGUGAGAAGAAAGGACUGGAGCAUGAUUCUAAAACACUGGAACAAAAACGGGCUGAUAAUCCAUUGGAAAGCCCAGAACAGAAAAGUAACAGCGAAUUGACCACUUCAACAGCAAGCAACAAAAGUGCUGAUGAAAACAAAAAACCAUUAAGCAGGAAGGAAAAACGGCAACAAAAAAAACAAUCAAAAGGAAAGCCUUCUGAACCAAGUUACACAGCUUUAAAACCUGAAGAAACUGUUUUUGUUUAUUUCCAUGCAAUAUUGUCAAAGGAUUUUAAAUUCAAUCCAGAUAAAGAUAAAGUAUUUAUAAGAUCUGGGACUCUUGCUGAAGACUGGAGAACAAACUUAUGUGAAAUAACUGUAACUAAGAGGUUAGGAGAACAUGGAUACUUCAUUGAGGGAUGCUUUUACGCUAAUAAAAACAUCAUUGGAAAAGAGCAUCCUUAUAAGUAUGUAGUUGUAAAUGACAAUGGAAUAGACUAUGAAUUCAUUUAUAAGUGGGAUGCACCAAGUGAAUGUAUUGUGAAUCGCUGCUUACAUAUAAAAAAAAAUUUGCUUUCUGAAAAUGAAUGGCAUCAAUAUGAUGAUAUCAUAUGUGCGCCUGCUGCAAAAAGUUGGAGUUGGCAGAAUAUAUUCAGAAGUGAUAAAAAGGAUAUAAAAGAUGGAAAACAACUAGCAGGUGAAAUCAUGGUGAAGUCAAUAUUUGACGUCCUUACAACAUGGAAUAAUACGAAUCUGAAGGUUUUCCUAAAACAACUACGACAGUUCUUUGACGUUUAUAAAAGACCUAUGGUUUUUGAAAGAACGCCAGUUUUCUGGAAGUCCCUUUCCUUUGGAGAGAAACAAGUUAAGGAUAUUCUAAAAACAGCUUUGACAACAAUGGCUAAGGAUCUUCAUAAUCAAGUUUCUGAAACGGAGUCAAAUUCUGUGCAAAGACGCCUGAGAACUGGCUUACUAAUAUUGUGCAUCUCUUGCAUGUAUGAUCUUGAAUGGUCAAAUUCUGCAUUGGCUACAUUUUGUGACUUUUUCAGUGUUCACCAUUUACCAGCAAAUGAAAUCAUAAAGGAAUUCAAGACUCUUAAAGAAAGCUUCUAUUUCAGGGAAAGGAUUGUGGAGCAGCUAUUGACUACAAUGCAUAGAUGUAUUGACAACAAAAUAAUAAAAUGGGUGCUGUUGAUUCCUGUUUUCCAUUUAUUCUGUUUUCCAUCUCUUGGAAUGAGCCCAGAUUUUCUGGACAAUAGGCAGUCAGAAGACAACUGGGCUGGACUUAAUGGGCUUCCAGUUAUUAAUUUUAGAGAAAAAAUUAAAGAUGAUACCCAAAGGGAGUUUCUGGAACUCAUGUACAAAAAUAAGCAUUUGAUGUCAGUAGAUAGAUUUUUAGCUCGUUCUUGGUUCAGCUUAUUACCAUGGAAAGCUUUGCCACAUUACUUGAAGAUCACUUCUGAUUUGCUUGAUGUUCUGCAAGGAAUCGUUCACAGAUUGAAAGAUAGCUGGAUUCCACAUGAAAAGUCAUUGGAUUGUGUUUUGAAACUUGCAGAAGAAAAUGUGUAUAGUGAACAGAACAGGGAAAUGCGUGACGGAUAUUUAAAUGGAUGUAUAAAAGCCAGCUUGAAAAUCCAUGAAACCAUAUGUAAAUCUCUGAAAAAAGUGACCUCUACAGAAACCAUUGCCACGUCAGUUUUGCUGAUGAGCAAACUAGCCGAAUUAAAAAAAUAUUCAUUAAAGGUUGCAAGUGAGAAAUCUCAAACCAAGGAAGGUCAAGAAAUGCUAAGCACUGACAUGUUAUUAAAACUGACUUUGAGAACUACAAGAGAAUGGCUGAAGACUGUCCUCACUUCAAAUUUACUAAAAGGCCGAGAUAUUUCUCUCAAUCAGGAUGAAUUUCAAGUAUGGGCCACCCUUAUAACCUUAAACCUUGGAAAUGAUGAAUGGGCUUCUUUUUGGAGUGAAGGACUCUUGAGUGAUCUAGAAGGACGGAUAAAGAAGGAAAAACCAAUCCAUCAGAUUGAAAUCUACUGCAAAAAGAUUGAGGAGUUAAACCAUUUUCAGCCUUCGAUUGCAAAAUGCUUUGAGAAGUGUGCACUUGAUGCUGCUCAAUCUAUAUGCCAGAACAAGUCUGAACAACAAAUUUUAAGUAGAUUGUGGAAUUACGAUCUAAGCAAAUUUGGAAAAUUAUUAUCAUCAAUAAUAGAAAAUUCCUGGGAAAAAGCUUACAAUGGAAUGUUUUUGGAAGAUACGGAUUCAGUUCUCAAUCAUUUACUUAACUGGUCAGCUGGAAAAACUAUCUUUAAAUUACAUGGAAUGAACAAGAAUAUCAUUGAACAGCUGUCAAAUAAAGCUAAAGACUUGAUGGCAUUGGCAGAUGAUGUAUUGUUUGAGGUGACGAGCAAACUUUGGGAUGGCUCUAUCCAAAUAAAACAUUUAGAGUGUAUUUUAUUAAACAAAAAUAACUUCAAGUCUCUACACAUGACAAAGCAAGACCAAUCAUUCAAAGACCUAAAUCUAAUGUUGACUUGGCGACAAAAAGAAAUUGAUAAAUUCUUUGAAGAGAAAAACUGGGUGGAAAGUCUUUUGCAAAUGUGUAGAAAAAUCUAUGAAUAUGUGAAAGUGGAAAUUGAGGAACCUAAAAAAUUGCUUGCAAAUGAUGUUCGAUCAAUGAAGCUAAGUGAUGUUGUGACUGUAAAGCGGAUGGGUACUAAAUAUUCAGUACCAUUCUCCCCAAUGGUUGGUUACUUCUCAUUAAGUGAAGAGAUAAAAGAAAUGGCGAAAAACAUUCAUCAAUUUAAAGAUAGCUACAUAUUUCAAAUGUGCUGGGAAAACCAGGCACAGAUUUUUUGUGGAAAGGAUGAAACAAAUGAAGAAGAACCACUGUUAUCUCUUGAAAAUGUUUGUACCAAGAUUUGGGAUCCAUGUUUUAACCAGUACAAAGGAAUUUUUGCAAAAGUAAAGGAGGCCAGUCUUACUUUUGCAGAGGUUGAUGACCUAUUUAAAGACUAUCGUGGUAAAUAUGAUGAUCUAAGGGAUGAUUUUAAAAUCAUGUGUAGAAUAGACACGGAUAAUGAAGACAACUGGAUAGAAGAGCGAGUCCGACAAAUUAAGGAAUACAAUGAAGUGCACUUAGCUGUUAAAUCUGCCCAAUUAAUUGAAAAAAUCCAGAGUGUUUUUAAUCUUACUGGAAAUUUCACUGUUCUGAAAACAUUACUAACUCUGACAGAUAAGUCCUACAGGAAUGAAAGUCUGGACUGCAUAAAUGAGCAGCUUAUACAAGCCAAGAACCAACUUGUGAAAAUAACAGAACCUCUCAUGGAAGCUUUGAAGGAGCUUACUCAAAGACAACAAUUUGUGCAAUGGAUUAAAGAGGCUCUGAAAAAUGUAACUGAACUAAAGGUGUUCGUUGACUUGGCUUCAAUCUCAGCCGGUGAAAAUGAUCUUGAAGUUGAUCGUGUGGCUUGCUUUCAUGACGCUGUAUUAGGCUACUCAUCAUUACUUUUUGAACUUCAGCCAAAUGCUGGAUUUGUUGACUUCAUGCAAUCUCUUCAGAAGUUGUGGAAUGCUUUAAAUAAUGACCCAGAUCUUACUAAGAAGCUGCGAGAUUCUGCUCGGCAUUUGGAAUGGCUGAAAACUGUGAAAGAGAGCCAUGGAUCUGUAGAGCAGUCAUCCCUUUCACUGGCUUCAGCCAUAAAUAGCAGUGGAAUUUAUAACAUCAGUUCUCAUGGAAAAAGCAAGCUUUCUUUGGGGUCAGCUAUCAUAUUAAAACUGCCAGAAAGUCAUGAUGACAAUGAGGAGCUUCGAAGUCAUACUUUCGAAGACCUGAAAGAACUACAGAAUAAACUCAUGCUGAUGUCAGGCAAGGGAGACCAUGGCCGGGAAGAAGUGGACAGAUUUGUAGAGGUAUUUUCCAAUGUCCAAAGGCUUGCAACAUCCUUCAUCAGCCUGUUUUCUGCUGGAAACAUGCUAUUUAGGAAUUGGAAAGGAGAAGUGUAUUGUUCAAGGAAUUGUGAGGCUUGUAUGGAAAUAGAUUUCAAUCUAAAGGAAGUGGGUGUUAUUAAAGUUAGUGGAAAUGUUACCGAGCAGCUUCCCAUUCUCUGUAAAAAGAUAGAAGCCUAUCUGGAAGUAUGGAAGCAGUAUAUGGAUCAGCAAAGAUCUCGCUAUUAUUAUUUAAACUUCUACACAGCUGAACAAAUUGUUUACCUCAGCACUCAAUUAUUUGAUCGUAACUGUACCAGACUAGAUGUCCUGAUGAUGCUGUCUUUCAUUAAACCCAACUGUACUGCUGAAGACCUAAAAGUAGCUCAGCAGAAACUUUUUGAUGGAGAUAUAAGCACAGGAACUCGGCCAUUAGUCAACCGGAUGCUGAGACAAGUAGAUAUGCAUGAUGUACCCAUGGAAGCAAAGAUGGAUUUGGUGUGGGAAUGUUAUAUGGAAAAUAUGACUUAUUUUCUGUCUGGCUGCCUUGAUGUUAGCACCCUUGGUAAACUUCUUCAAAAUGUUGCUGACGUGAAACAAACUGUUGCAAGAGCAUUUCCACCUGGUUUUCAGGAAGGUCAUCCUAACCUUGUUGUUUGUCCACAUUCUGAAGUGCUUACAUCUGCUUUGUGCGUUUACCUGCACUCCAGUAAUCAGCCUUUGCCUGCUUAUGACGAAGUACUUCUGUGUACAGCGGAAACUACAUAUGAACAAGUAGAACUUUUUUUGAGGCGAUGCCUAACUGCUGUCAGCACACAUUCCAAGAUAUAUUCUCUACUCUAUGCUGAUGAACUCACUUAUGAUGUUAGUGUGAGAUUUGAAGAAAUGUUCAAAAGUUUACAGUUAAAAAUUCAGUCAGAUUAUAAACUGGUGAUAUUAUGCAGUUGUGAGAGGGAACACUGCUAUAUUCCAACUGCGUUCAGUCGACACAAGGUUCAUAUGAUUCCACAAGAACCUCUAGAGAAAAUCCAGAGUUAUCUCAAAAAUCAUUACAAAAUUUCAAUUGCUUCAUCAGCAGCCACUGUCUUUAAAGAUGGAAUGUUUGUAAGGAUCAUAUCUUCCAAGAGAGCUGGCGUUGGAAAAUCACUUUAUGUGAAGAGAUUACAUGAAAUGUUAAAGAAACAAACUGGAGAAGAUAAUUUGUUGAAAACAAUACGUCUUUUAGAACCACGGCUGGAUGAAAAUAAAGUUCUCCGAGCUCUUUUAUCAUUUAUAAAACCAUCAAAUGAGAGCAAACCUCUGAUAUUUCACUUUGACGUCGCCUCUUCUGUGCAGAAAGGAUUAUGUGAAUUUCUUUUCAAACUAUUUGUCUUACAAUAUUUGAUGGGCACUGAUGAAAAAAUGUGGAAGUGCAGUCAGAGGCAUUUGUACGUUGUAGAAAUGCUUGAGGGAACCGGACUUGCUCUAAGAAAGCAAACAAGACGAGGUGUACAAGUGCCAAGCCAUAACUUUCUGGACAUCUUCCCUAAAGUAUACUGUAGACCACCUAAAGAAGUCCUUGAACAAGAAGUAAGGAAAUCUGAAACUCCAACAUGGAACGGUAUUGAUCCUCUCAUGGAUGAGGGAGAAUUUCGCAGUGAAGCAUUUCAAAGACCAUAUCAAUAUCUCAGAAAAUUGCAGAAGAAUGAAAACUUGGAUACCUUUAUUUACCAAGGAACUAUUGAGGGCAGCCAUGCAGAGUGCUUGCAGAUGUUUCUGAUCUAUUGUGGGGUAAUCGAUCCUUCUUGGACUGAGUUGCGGAAUUUUGCUUGGUUUCUUAACCUGCAGUUGGAGGACUGUGAAACUUCUGUGUUUUGCCAAUUUGACUGUAUCAAAGAUACUUUGCAAGGCUUCAAGGGUUUUGUUGUUAAUUUCAUGAUUUUGAUGGCAAAAGAUUUUGCAACACCAUCUCUCAACAUUUCAGACCAGAGCCCAGGAAUUCCAGCUACAAACCUAGGUGGUGUUUCAGAAGCUGACAUGGCACCAUUUCUCAUGAGAAAGAAGUGGGAAUCUGAGCCACAUCCUUACAUUUUCUUUAAUGAUGAUCAUACAUCUAUGACUUUCAUUGGUUUUCACGUCCAACAAAAUGCACGUGGUGGCAUUGAUGCCAUUAACCCAUCAAAUGGCAAGAUUAUUAAAUCAGAUAUAAUGACCCGUCAGCUCUAUGAAGGUUUGCUGCUACAAAGGGUCCCAUUCAACAUUGAUUUUGACAAACUUCCACGGUGUGAAAAGAUUGAGCGGCUUUGCACAAUGCUGGGCAUUCAGUGGCCACUGGAUCCUGAUGAAACCUAUGAGUUGACCACGGACAAUAUUUUAAAAAUACUUGCUAUUCACAUGAGAUUUAGAUGUGGCAUUCCUGUGAUCAUCAUGGGGGAGACUGGGUGUGGUAAAACAAGGUUGAUCAAAUUCUUAUGUGAGUUACGGAAAGUUGGUGCAAAUACAGAGAAUUUGAAACUAGUGAAAGUGCAUGGCGGAACAACUGCAGAUAUAAUUUAUUCAAAAAUUAAAGAAGCAGAAGCUCUUGCAAAAUACAACAAGCAAGAAUAUGAUUUUGACACCGUUCUAUUUUUUGAUGAAGCCAAUACAACUGAAGCUGUUAGUUGCAUUAAGGAAGUCGUUUGUGACCAGAUGAUUGAAGGGAUACCUUUAUCUCCCAAUACAGGUUUGCAGAUAAUUGCAGCAUGCAAUCCUUACAGAAAACACACAGACGAGAUGGUAAAGCGUUUAGAAUCAGCUGGGUUAGGCUACCGUGUCCGAGCAGAUGAAACAGAAGACAAAUUGGGAUCCAUUCCUUUGAGACAACUUGUGUAUCGUGUACAAGCUUUACCACCGAGUAUGAUACCACUAGUGUGGGAUUUCGGGCAACUUGACAACCUCACAGAGAAGCUGUACAUCCAGCAAAUUGUCCAAAGGUUGACUCAGUCCAUUUCGGUACCCUCCGUCAAUAUUCAGUGCAUGGUAGAUACUUUGUCAGCUUCACAAAAUUUCAUGAGACGCCAGCAAGAUGAGUGCAGUUUUGUAAGCCUUCGAGAUGUGGAGAGGUGUAUGAAAGUGUUUGUUUGGUUUUACGGCCAUCAGAACAUGCUAUUAAACAAUUUGAAACAAUUUCUAGAAGAUGAUAACAAUAAGGAAGAAUCCAUUCCAUCGAGUGAUGACAUCAUCUUGCCUUUUGUGCUGGCACUUGGCGUUUGUUAUCAUGCGUGUUUGGAAAAGAAGGUUGCUUAUCGUAACGCUAUCUGCCAGCAUCUCCCUUCUCCAUAUAAUGACCCUUCCAAAAUUUUACAGCAACUUGAGCUCUUCCAAGAUCUUUUAUUAAGUGGUGUACCACUGCAGGAAACAAUUGCAAAGAAUUCUGCAUUGAAAGAAAAUGUUUUCAUGAUGGUCAUUUGCAUUGAACUUAAAAUCCCACUAUUCUUGGUUGGAAAGCCUGGUAGCUCCAAAUCUCUAGCAAAAACAAUUGUAGCAGAUGCCAUGCAGGGGCAAGCAGCUCACUCAGAAUUAUAUAAAAACCUAAAACAGAUCCAUUUAGUGUCAUUUCAGUGCAGUCCUCAUUCCACCUCUGAAGGAAUCAUUAAUACGUUUAAGCAGUGUGCACGUUUCCAAGAAGGGAAGAACCUUGACGAAUAUGUUUCUGUUGUGGUCUUGGAUGAAAUUGGUCUUGCUGAAGAUUCUCCAAAAAUGCCACUGAAAGCUCUUCAUCCACUUUUGGAAGAUGGAUGUAUUGACGAUGACCCUCUUAAGCAUAAGAAAGUUGGUUUCAUUGGAAUAUCCAACUGGGCUCUAGAUCCUGCCAAAAUGAAUAGAGGAAUUUUUGUAUCGCGAGGUGUUCCUGACAAAAAAGAAUUGAUUGAAAGUGCCAAAGGUAUCACUUCUUCUGAUCAUAUGAUCCAAACAAAAGUGAAAGGUUCAUUUGAAAAUUUUGCAGAAGCUUAUCUAGAAAUCUGUAAACAACAAAGUAAGGAAUUUUUUGGACUACGAGACUAUUACAGUUUAAUAAAAAUGGUCUUUUCACUUUCAAAAACCUCCAAAAGAGAACCAACUCCUGAGCAAUUAGCUGAGAUUGUGCUCCGUAACUUUAGUGGAAGUGAUGAUGUUAAAGUUAUGGACAUUUUCAAGUUUGUACUCAAGAAUAUUUCUUAUGAUAGUAUCAACACUUUGGAUCUGAUCAAAUACAACAUUUAUGCAGAUUCUAAUGAUCUGGAGUGCCGGUAUCUUCUAAUUCUUACUAAAAACUUUGCAGCUCUUCAAAUACUUCAGCAAAUGUUUUUCUCCAAUCAACAACAACCUGAGAUAAUCUUUGGGUCUAGUUUCCCCAAAGAUCAAGAUUAUACUCAGAUUUGCAGAAACAUCAACCGUGUUAAGACUUGCAUGGAAACUGGGCAAAUGGUGGUUCUGUUAAAUCUGCAGAAUCUUUAUGAAAGCCUGUAUGAUGCUUUGAAUCAAUAUUAUGUGUACCUUGGAGGACAGAAAUAUGUGGAUUUAGGAUUGGGGACUCACAGAGUCAAAUGCAGAGUCCAUCCAAAUUUCAGGCUGAUAGUUAUAGAGGAGAAGGAAGUAGUUUACAAUGAGUUUCCGAUUCCUCUGAUCAAUAGACUUGAGAAGCAUUAUCUUGAUAUUAACACAGUCCUUGACAAAGAUCAAAGGAGUACUGUAAACUUUUUGCAGAAGUGGGUGCAAAGUUUCACAGGAGUUAGAUCCAGACAUGUUUCAGUCCAUGGUACACAGCAGAAAUAUGAUCCAUCAGAUGUGUUUGUUGGUUAUCACUCUGACACAUGUGCGUCUGUUGUUUUACAAAUAACACAAAGGUUGAAGCAGACUCAAAGAUCUUGGGACGGUAUACUCAGUGAAGCACAGUGGGUGCUGCUGAACUGUGCCACCCCGGAUUCUGUGGUUCGUUUAUCUAAUUCUGAACUUCCCCCACAUGAGGCUGAUGAGGUUAUGCAGAAGUACUUUGAAGAACAACAUCAUGAUUCUCUUGCAGAUUUCAUCCAUUCUCAUAUCAAAUCUGGAAUUCAUUCCCGGGCAGUUUUCACUGAGGUUACAACAUAUUCACGGCUUCUAACAGUUUCUGACAUUGAAUUCUUGAAAAGAGAAUUAAGUGGUAGUGUUCGAGAUAUCUUUCUUUUCUCACUGCAGCAGUUUGACACCGAGCAUUCAUUUCUGAAGAAGAUAAGGCACUGUAUUGAUUCUAGUCAUGGAAACGUGAUCUUGCUCAUACAAACGGAUUUUGAAAACAAUUCACAAAGUGCAAAUUUGAUUGCUUCUGCAAAGUAUUCCACUUUAAAUGAAGUUAACAAGUUCAAAGGUAACAAUGGAACAGUCAUCAUAUAUUUCCUGACUAAGCUGCCAAGAGUACAAGGUGGAUCAGCAUACACAGGAUUUCAAGGAGACCCAUGGCAAUCGGUUCAUAUAGAUGACCUCAGGAAAUCGAAAGACAUGAUUGCAGAUGUGUCAGCUUUCAAAGACACAACUAUUAGCCAACUCUUUGGCAGGGACUCAAGGGAGAAAGAAUCCAUGAUUGAUGACCAGGAAGAGGAGAGCUUUGAAAAGACAAAGAUACUGGAUACAACCUCCCUCAUCAGGAAUUGUGUGCAGUCUGCUGUUUGCAUGCUGAGGGACCAGCAUCAGAGUUCAAGUCGCAGCACCACACGAGUUGAAAUCCUGCUUUCACUGUUGAGAGAAGAUAAUGAAUUCAAAGCUUCAUUCCUGACACUGAUGAAGCAAAGGCUGCACUCCCUGCUCCUAAUGUUUGAUGAGGAGUCUUUCAAUGAAUCUGAAUGGAUGGUAUGGGUAGCUUCAAAUGUUGAAGCACUUCAGGAAGGAGGUACUUUCAGGCACACACUUUGGAAGCGAAUUCAAACAGUAGUAACGCCUCUCCUGGCACAGAUAAUCUCCAUUAUAGAUCGAGACUGUAACCUGGACUUGUUAAGUGAUGAUACCCCUGUACCUGUACGGAAUCUAUGGAUGAAUAUUUUUAAUGACUCAAAUUUGCUGAGUUUUCCUUACAAUAGAGAUAUCUUAAGAUCACAACCAGAAAUUGUUGUCCACAACUACAUGAAAAUGAACAUGCUGAAAAUUGGCAACAGACUUCCUUUCAGUUGGAGAAUAAAGGACUUUCUAGAUGAGUUGUGGGUUCAAUCCCAGUACAUGGAAGGGCAAGUUGAGCAAAAGCUGAAUGAAAUAUUUAACAAAACUGGAUUUGGAAAGUACCUUUCAGAAGUAAAUGAAGAAUGGAGACAGAACUUUUUCUUCAGAUACUUGGAUGAUUUCCUGCUGAUGACCAUGAGCAUUUCAUCUAAAAUUGAAUUUGAGUUCCUUCAAGGAGCACUGCUCUCCUGUAUAAAUCAGCUAAAGAUACAACAUAAUGUUGGAGAUGAUGAAUCUUUGUUUUGGGUGCAUUUUGCAUAUCAACACUUCAAAAACCGUCUGCAGAAUUUUUCAAGAAUUGUUGUAGUGUAUCCUUCGGUUCUGACUUUGCUACAGAAAAUGAAAGAUAAAAUACGUAAAGCUGAAGAGAAAGAUAUGGUCAUAGAUAUUUAUGCAGCAGCUGCCUGUGUUGAAAUGCUAGAACAUGAACACACUAAGUUAUCAAAUCAGAAGUGGCUUCAGAUGGUGAGCACUCUGCAAAUGCCCAUUGAGCUAGUCUGUACAGAAGUCUUAGCACAGUGUGAAGGAAGCAAAUAUGCUUUUGCAAAUGAUGUACGAUCUGGAUGGCGUAGAAUAUUUUCACUGUCACUUUUUGUAGAACACAUCAUUUUGGGAGUUAAAGAAAUACAUGAUAAAUUGGAAGACAAGGUUGUAGACUACGCUGGUCAACUUGCAAAGAGCUUGAGCAGUAACUCUGAUGUGAGAUCCCGAGGGCCCUUUCGGGCUGUGAUUAAGGUCCUCAAGGACUGUAAAAAUAGUGCAGGGUGUCUGUUCUUCAGGUAUGAUCUGAAAGAAUGUUCAAUUUGCUUAAGAGAACUGAACGAUCCCAUCCUGCUUCCAUGUGAUCAUUUUUACUGUUUAAAAUGUAUAAAGUUGUGGCUUGAAUCAGGACAACAACGAAUCUGCCCACUGUGCUGUACUUCUCUAGCUGAUGAUUAUGUACCAGCGGUAACAGAAGAAAUAAGCGAAGCUGUAGCAAAAUUAGUCAUAUUUCGCAAGAGGUGUGAUGCAUUUUUCGUAGCUUUGGUUUCCAUGGUCUGCUUCAAAGAUGACUUGCCACCAACAAAAGAAGUGAUUGGUGAUCUGCUCUCUCUGUUAGUUAUUCAAAAGACGGGACAUUCUAAUGACUCACAGAAAGAUCAGUACUUUACCAGUAAUCUUUCACCAUUUGAUGAAGCAGUUGAUCGAAAUCCUGUUGUUCGUUCCAUUGUUCUUAAGCUGCUGUUAAAGUACAGUUUUGCUGUUGUUAAGGAUUACCUGCAGUGUUAUCUGUCUGAAGUUCAAAAAACAAAACUUGGUCAAGAAAAUAAGGCUGAACUCUAUGCACUGUUUCUGAAUUGUUUGGAGGAUUCAAUGUAUGAAAAAUCCCAGUUGAGCACAGUGCAAGAAAAAAUUGCUUACCUGGCUCAAGAGGGAGAAUUCCUUCAGAUGCACAGUCAGCACAAGUGUGUAAAACCAACAAUAGAAACCUUACAGUUUGUUGCCAGAAUUCGCCUCUGUUUUGAUGCUGUUUCCCAACUUCUUUGUGAAAAACAAGACACAUUGGCUGAGGAUUCAAAAUAUGUACGUGCAAAAGAAACUUUCCUGCAAAGGAUUAAAUGUAUGAUUCUCAAUGGAGGAAAUGAUUGGUUCAAGAUUUACCUUGUGCGAAAGCUGUUCUGUUUGAAUGGAAUUGAUUUUGUCCAAGAUCUUUUAAAGGAUGACCAAUUUUCAUGGAUCUUUCCCAAGAAAAUUGUUAAGGAGAGGCAUCAUAUUGGACAAAUUGAUCGCUAUCUUGCAUGUGGCAAAGAUUAUCAAAUGUUUCGUGAUGCAGUUGCCAAAGCAUUUGCUUAUUGUGAGCUUAAAAGCAUUGAAGAAGCUCAAAAGGUUUGCAGAUGCUCCUCCAGUGAGCAAGGUAUUCAUAUGACCCUUGCAUUAUUCCAGGAAAUCCUCUUACUGUACACAUCCAGCAACCCUAGUAUCCAUCCAAACAAAGAUCAAUGUGAUGCUAUUGAAAAGUUCAUAGAGAAUGGAAAUCUUUUCCCCUCUGCCAUGUGUAAGAACUUUGCCAUUAAAAUACUCAAGAAUGAGAUUCCUGGACUUGAGAUCAAUCCAGAGCUCAAUAGGCUGCAGAAGACAAUAUUGGAGAUAUUCACUCACGUGGCAGCUGUCAUCUUGUUCUAUCAGAAAGAUAACAUCCUGACACCGCUAAAAGAACUAUCAUUUCAUCCUUCUGUUAUGGUGAAAGCAUUCUUACCAACAAUGCCUGAAGAUAUGGUCAUGGAAGCCAAGGGGUGGAAUGGUUUGCAGUCAUUUAAAUGGUAUGAAUGCAAAAAUGGACAUCCUUGUAUUGUAGGAGAGUGUGGUCUGCCUAUGGAAAAAACUUUAUGUCUUGAAUGCAAAGCUGAAAUUGGAGGAGUUAAUCACAGACCAGUUGAUGGAUUUACUGGAGCUCAUACGACGGACAGAACACAAACAGGAUACAUCCUAGGUGAUCCCAGCAAAAGAGAGGCAAUUGUGGCUCCUGACAGACAGAUGUCCUUGGUAUCAUUUUUACUUGUGCGUCUGAUGACACAUGUGGCUAUGUUCUUGGGAACAUUAGAGGAUACCAAGUCAAUUGAAGAUAUGAUACAACCACGUGUUCAAGAGCCAAGGAACUUUCUCUGGUGUCACAUCCAAAAAGAUGUAGAACAGCUGGAGAAAUCACUGGCAAAAAAUACUGAUGAAACUGCCGUAGUUGUACAUCUCAUUCUUAGCCAACUUAUUAAAUUAAAAAAGUUCCCUUCAUUUACACCGACAAACCUCUCCAGUAAACAGGAAAGAAAUAAAUGGGAGAUCUUCAUUUCAGAAGAAGUAAUAACUCCUGCAGUGAAGAAUCUGGACAGGAAGCAUGAGGAUGCCAACAGGCAAAUAAGUCAGGAUGAAAGAAUAUGUUCAGAUCCUAUCGUAAAAAUUGUUUACGAUGACCCCCAAACCAUCCUUAAACUACCUAAAGAGAAUGCUUUGCACUGCUCUACUAUAUGGACUUGUAGAAAGAGAAUGUCCAUUGAGUAUUUGAGACACGUACUGGGAGAAAACAAUGAUGUACCCAUCCUGCAGAGAUUUCUACAAAAGGAAGCACAGUUAAGGCUGGUGAAGUACCUGCCAGAAUUACUGGCACUUCAGUAUGACUUGAUGAAAGAAUUUCAGAAUGCAACAGAAGUACCUAAGCAAUCUGUUCAUGAUUUUCUUCAGAACUUCAGAGCUGAACCAAUCAAGAAUACAUUUAAAUCUCGAAUCUCAUGCUUUCUAAAUGUAUGGAACCAGCUUCGAACGUUCCUUGUUACUGGAGGUGAAAUUAAGAUUCCUGAAGACUUUUGUGCUUUAGAUUUGGACAUGCUAAACUGCCAGCUUGAAGUUCUCAUUCCCCGACGACAAGGUCUUGGUUUGUGCUCCACUGCAUUAGUCAGCUACCUCAUUGCUCUACAGAAUGACUUUGUUUAUACAGUGGAGAAGUACACUACUGAAUCUGAACCAUACGUGGUCACUCCCCAGGAUGUAUCAGACUUGCAUGUAAUUAGAUAUGAAAUUGGAAAAGAUCUGAUUCCCCUUUUUUCAUCUAACUGCCAAUACUCAAUGGAAAAAGGAAAAGAAAUUGUGACCGAACAUGACUUCAAGAGAAUGGAACAACAACUGACUAACAGGUUCUUAAAGGGAAAGCCACUUAUUAGCUUAAAAGGAAUACCUACUCUGAUUUGCAGACAAGACAGAAAUUAUGAAAUCAUUUUUAAAGAUAUAAGGAACAGAAUUGCUCAGGAAUCACUCUCAGCCUCUGUUAUUAAUGCCAUAAGUGUUAAGCUACAGUCAUACAAUGAGGUAUGUGAAGCAUUCACUGCCGUGGAAGUCUCUUCAGGAUUUUUGGCCAUGUCAGGUGGAAGUCCUGAUCUAGAACUGGUUGUCUAUUUGAAGGAAGUAUUGCAGAUGGAAGCACAAAUAACACCUCACGUAAUGGAAACAUUGAGACGAUGCAACUUGAAGCACAUCCAAGCGCUCUGGCAGCUCCUUUCUGCAAGAAAAUCAGAAUGUUCACUUCAUUUGAAUAGGGAUCCUUUCUCAGGGAUUAAUCAUCAAUAUAAAGAAACCCUCAAUGAGGAAGAAAAGAAACAAUUACGUGCCUUCUUCAUCCGAACAAGUGUAGAUCCUUUUGUACUGGAAUUGCAUGAACUGCUGACUCUCAGAUGUAAAAAUGUUCAGUCGUCAGAAUCCUUUAACCCAUCUUGGAGCUUGAAAAUGUCGCUCGGAUUAUUUAUGGAAACGAAGGAAGUGGAUAAUCUGCCAGAACUUGAAGAGAGUUUCCCAGAUGCAAUUUCGAUGUCAAAGAGUGUGGAGACCUGGAAAGCAGCUGUAGCUUUCAAACGGGAACAAUCACAGUUUACAAGAAAAAUUUGAAAAGCCACAGUAUUAGUAGUUUACUUCUGCUUAAAAAUAGGAUCUUGUGAAAAAGGGAUAUUUUAUUGAAGUGGUUAUGAUAUAAAUGUUUCUACAAAUCAUUGAAAUAGUGAUUUAUGGAGAACUUCCAGAUAUAACGUAUUACCUGGAGCAGAUCUUUGAUAUUUACAGAUUACAAAUUAUGUUAAAAAUGCAUCCAUUUAUUACUUACCUCCGUGCCCAAUACACUUUUGAUCAACCUCUAUAAUACAUUGUGAAGUUUUAUUUUAAAAUGUCAAGCAAACAUCGCAGUGCCUUUCUGCCUAUCAAAGCAAGCUGCUUAAAAAUGGCUUCUAUAAUGAAAGUGAUUUGACAAAUGCUUUUUCUUUGUUUACAAGAUUUACUAGAUUUUUCAUUCUUUGCUUUAAGUUUACUUGCUGUAAGAUUCAACUGAAUCUGAAUGUAAUCUGAAAUAAAGAUUAUACAGUA